AUGUCUGAAAACGGCACCUCGCCCCUCAAGCACACCGUUGGCUUCGGCCUGCGUGAAGGCAAGGGCUAUCUCCUUGAUUCCGGCCACAACGGAAGCCAACGUCUGAACUACCAAUACCUCAUUUGGAAGCAAUGCCUCGGCUACACCCUGCACCCCGUCAUCCGAGACGCAGUCGGAGACCACCCGCGCAUCGCCGAUAUCACCGCGGGGACAGGCCUCUGGCUUCUCGACACGGCACACGAUUUCCCCAACGCCAUUCUCGAUGGUAUUGACACCAAUCUCACCCGACUCCCACCCUCUGCCUGGCGCCCCAGCAACAUCCACCGCCUCUACGACUGGAACAUCUACGAUGACGUCCCAACCGAGCUGGAAGAGCGAUACGACGUGAUUCACCUACGUCUCCUUCUCCUUCUCAUUGCGGACAGAGACCCGGCUCCCGUGAUCAAGAAUGUCAUCAAGCUGCUUAAGCCUGGUGGCUGGAUUCAGUGGGACGAUCUGAGUACCGCGCACACGUAUGUCGAAAAGACAGACGAGAAGCUUAAGACUCCAGCCCUGGAUAAGAUCAGAGAGUUUGUGCACUCGGAGGGUCGUCAUGAUUGGGUGUUUGAUCUUCCCUUGCAUUUGCUCAAGCACGGGUUUGAGGAGAGCCAGUUGACGUUUUAUCAUGGACGGCCGGAUUUGAUUUGUCACGAUACUGAGAUUCACUUGAUGACCAUUAAGGAGUUUAAUGGCCAGAUGAAGGCUGAUGGGCGUGAGGAGGAGGCGAAGCACAUCGAUGACCUUGUUGAGGAGGCCUAUGCGGAGGCGCUGCUCGGUGCCGGAGUUACCACUCCACGUGUUGUGUGUGUUGCAAGGAAGAGACCGGUUCCGUAUGCUGUCCGCGAGGCCCUUUUUUUCUCUUGA